AUGCCGGCUGAAACAGAAAAGGAGAAACUACGCUCCUGCGAACGGAGGACUCCGGAGUUGCUUCUCGGAGGCGCCCGCCCUGCUCGCCCUGCCCGCCCUGCCGCCGUGUUUACCCUCGCCGGUCGGUGUCUCUUUGUUGUGCUGGCCGGAAGGCUGAGGUGGUUCUUGGGGUCCCGAGUGGAGUUUGAGGGAGGGGGACGCGGAGAUGUGCGGUCCCGGGGGGGAGGUGGGGGUGCGGUCUCAGGAGAACGUAAACUUUAUUCCUGGCAGCCGGUGCGGGACUUCGGUCUAGCAGGGCCCCGGGCCACGCUCCCCCGGCCCCGGCAGGCGCUGCCGCCGCCGGUCCGCCUCCUUUGUGCCGGCCGCCUUUCCCGGCCGCCGGCUUCGCGUCUCCUUCCUCCUCCCCUUCGGCUUCUAGCGCUCAGGUCGCCGCCAGCAGUUUCGCUUCUUAAAAACAACCUCUGUCAGCGUCGCGAUCGCCGUUCCCAUUCCGGAAUAUCCGCUGCUCCCCCACUCCCCGCUGGGGCAGUUUCAAGAUUGCUCCCCCCACCCCACCCCCGUCCGCCUACUGCUGCCCUUUUUUGCCUCCGCCCCCUCUUCCCUCUCGGACUGACGAGCUGCGGCUGCCACCUCUACUCCCCAAUUCGGGCCUCUCUUGCUGUCUGUGUGUAGCUUGAGGCUCUGGAGUUCGCUGAAAUUGAGCGGAGAACUGCAGUGUAAAGGA